GUGUGUGUGUUCGCAAGGGACGCCGCCGCGACGCACAACCAAAUUGAAAAAUUGAAACUGCGUGUCAGUGAAUUAUAUCGCGGUUUUAGAAAAUGAGUGGCAAGGGGCCUUUUGUCAUACCGUUGGAACCAGCCGCAGAACAAGAGGAAACUACUAAAACCGCUCGUCGGACGCUGAAGGAUGUACAAAACGUUGUGGGGUCUCUGAAGGAAAAUUUGAGCUCGCAUCAUCUGAUGGCUCAUGCUAUGUCGAAGGAUUUGCUUCUUCCGCCCAGCAAGGUAGCCCUGGAAGUGAAGGCUGUCAAAACGUCGGUUUCUAGGGCCACGCAAACCACUUUUGCAGAGGAGACAAAAUUGACCGACGCGGAUAUAAGCAGCGAAAUAGCACAAAAGCUGGAUGAAAAGAGAAGAAAUGCACUACAAGAAACGCUAAAAGAAAAUCAAGAGCUAACCAUGAAAAUCGAGUCGUUGGAAAACGAACUAACACAUGCCAAAGGAGUAAUAGCUCAUUUUGAAGAUCUUGUAGGUGUUAUGAACGAAAUGUUGAGUGAAUGUUCCUGCCAACCCUCAACAAGUGGAGAGAGUAGUUUUUCUGCCAAAGUUACAGACAGUGUUACUGAAGCCGACAGUGGCAUUGCCCCGAAUCUUGACCCGGAUAGUGACGAGAGUGACGAAUCGUCGAAACAGUAAAUGCACACUGUAGAAGAUAAGAAACUCAUAAACAUUGGUUUGAUGUAUGAACGUAAAUAAAAACGUAUGUUCCAUUUCUUGCAACAUGAUCUCCGAUA